AUGGCAUCAAAAAUCUUCGAGAUGAUCCCCUUCCUGCGUGCACCACUACUUGUCAACUCUAGUAUUGGCCUUAUCCUCAGCGCAGUGGACACCGCGCAGCUUGAGGGCGACUGGUGGUACAAUGAUGGGCACCUCUUCGACACCAUGAGCGCUACUGUCGCCUUUUACGCCGCCUCUUUGGUUACCACUGCGCUCUUUACCUACACUGAUCAUCGACGCGGUGGGUUGAAGCUCACCGGUGGCCGCAUUGUUGUGCCAACAAACCUGGUCAAAGCCGCCGUGGAUCUGAGUCUGGGCAUCGCGCUGCUGGUGCUGCAUAUCGUCGUUUGCGUCCGCCUUGGGAGCUCCGGGCGCGACGUUGUGCUGCAUAUGUACGCUGGCUUCGGAGCCUUGACUGCAGGGUACGUCAAAGUUCGUGGCUAG